GCCCGCCCCCCAGCCCCGCGCCCCAGGUGAGCCCGGGGGUCCCAGGUAAGGCUCCGCGACGCAGGUAAGACUCCCCCCGCGGAGGUGAGACCGGGCGCCCCCAGGUAAGAGCCCCUCCCUUCCUGGGUGACCCUCCACCGUCAGCGAGGCCUCCUCCAGGUGAGGGACCCCCCCCUCCCCAGGUGAACUCCUGGAACCCCCAAGCGGCCCCACCCACAGGCCCAGUGAGGUUCCACGAACCAGCGAAUGCCUAGCCCCCCGCACCCCCCUAAAGUGGAGACCGACAGCUCCACUCUCCAGCCCCUUCCUACACAAGCUUCACCUGCCCCAUCAGCCAGGCUGAGACCGGAAGCAGGUGGAUGACUCACCUGGAGCUCCUCCUAGCCUCAGUUUCCCCACUGAUGCAACCUGAGGCCUCCUCACUGAGUCAAAACUGAGACGACUCUGGUCCCUGGUGAGACUGCUGCCUCUGGGGAAAGGAGAGUAGCCAGGUGUGACCGAGUCCCCACGGUGCUGAGCGCGCCUGCAUGCGUGCGUGUGGCCAGAGGGCCUGACAACGCCCCCUGCUCCCUCCCUGGCAGGCGCUGGGCUCCCUCUGCUCCCCGUGGGCCGCUCCCCGCGUGGGGCCACUGCCCCUGGCCCCCGCCAUGGUGCGGAUAUCAAAGCCCAAGACGUUUCAGGCCUACUUGGAUGAUUGCCAUCGGAGGUAUAGCUGUGCCCACUGUCGCGCUCACCUGGCCAACCACGACGACCUCAUCUCCAAGUCCUUCCAGGGCAGUCAGGGGCGCGCCUACCUCUUCAAUUCUGUGGUAAACGUGGGCUGCGGGCCAGCCGAGGAGCGGGUGCUGCUGACAGGCCUCCAUGCUGUCGCUGACAUCCACUGUGAAAACUGCAAGACCACUUUGGGCUGGAAAUAUGAGCAGGCCUUUGAGAGCAGCCAGAAGUACAAAGAGGGGAAGUACAUCAUUGAACUCAACCACAUGAUCAAAGACAACGGCUGGGACUGACCCCUGCUCCUGACGCAUGUGGCUCCAGUCUGGCCUGGCCGCCAGGGGGCGCCACUGGAUUCCCUCCACCAGAAGGGAGCGCUGGACACUCGGGGCUCCUACAGGGCAGGAAGGAUCCAGCUCCUGUACAUAUAUUUUAUUGCAUGCACUGUGACUUUGGGGGGGAGGGGAAAAUCAGAAGGGGGACGACACCCCCAUUACCUUCCUGCGAUCUGGCUGGCUUGGAUCUCAUUUUUUUUAACCCCUUCCUUCCUGUCCUGCCUGCCCCAUAGUUAUGGCCUGUGUGUUGCUCUCUUGGCCCCAGUGCACUAUCUAUCUGCCCUGUGACCUCCUCCCACUGGCCCCUGUUACCCCACGCGUGUCCCCAUCAUUCUGUAUUGUUUGUACAUAAUAAAACAAUGAAGUGCAGAC